UUGGUUCUCGCUGUGGUUGUGCCUCCAAAGUUACUGAAAGACAGAGAAAGAAAGAAGAUAAGGACUCAAAAUGGUCUGCAAAAGUUUCAAAUCCAGAGUACAUUAUUUACUGCAAAUUUUUCUCCUUUUCAAAAGUUUCAGCGUCGUUGAAUCUUCCSAAUCUUUCUUCGCCAAAAUGCCUUUCUUCAGACUCGAUGGUGACAUCAUUCAAAGCAUUACAGUACUGGAUAUUUUUCAGUGUUGUUGGAGUUGUGGUGGUGUACCAUCUUGUUUAUCACUGAACAUAGCUGACAGGCCUGACAAAGAUGGUAUGUACGAAUGUCAGCUGCUGACAAAUUGGACGGGGAACGAAUAUUCUGGCCUUAUAAAAGCCUCUCAAGACUAUCAUCACUAUACUCGACUGUCGGAAGUAUGUGUGGCCAACAAGUGUCUAAAUGGAGGAACAUGUGAAGUCCUUGGGUACAAUGACUUCCAGUGCCACUGCCCGAAUGGAUUCAAGGGUAAACUUUGUGAUGAGACAUAUAAAUGGCACAAGAUCAACACAAGUCCUGUUUGCUUUGGAGCAAAAGACUCAGCAUUUGGCCGUUUUCACAUCAAUCAAAGUGGAUCAGUUAAAGAAAUCAAGCUUGUUCAUGUAUCUGGGUUCGUGGCGAAUGGCAACAAGAUAGAACAACGAAGCAAAUGGGGUUCUGCUAUCGAUAAAAACCUUUACACCAUCAUAACCAACAGCAACGACCACAGGAUCCUUCCCCAAGAUGAAUUCAUAACCAAUUAUAACGUACUAUCCUACCUCCUGCCCUACUCCAAUUAUAAUUCUGCAGAGCUCAUUUUUAAGAACUUUACAAGCCCCCUGGUGGUAGCCGCUGRCCAGGAGUAUCGCAUUUGGUUCGGUGAAGACCUGAAUAACUACGGCGAAGWAGACAAUGAAGGGACAACGUGUGCUGAUGUUYAUGUACUUGCAUUGUAUGACUGACGUAGAAAACCAGAUGGAGAAGUGACUUUAAACUGGCGUGAUUUAUUGCAAGAAGCAUGACUUUUCGGCUAUACUUGUGAUAGCUUUCAUCUGAAUAAACUGCAAAACUUAUUCUCUUUUUUUAAUCUCAAUUUAAUCUMAUUUUAUUUGACUCAACUUUAACCAUGAUUUAAAGUGCUACUAUGAUGAAAAUCGC